AUGGCUUCGGAGAAUGUGAAGUCCGGGGAAUCCGCCGUCACCACCUUCGUCAGCCUCGCCGAGGAGGCCAAGCUCGCCCGAGAAGGCGUUGUCAAGGCUCCCAGCUACGCGCUCGGCAGCAUCUGCAAGUCACUCGUCGCCGGUGGCGUCGCCGGAGGAGUGUCACGUACUGCAGUUGCACCGCUGGAACGGUUGAAAAUAUUGCUACAGGUCCAAAAUCCUCAUAACAUUAAAUACAAUGGAACUAUUCAGGGCCUAAAAUAUAUAUGGAGAACUGAAGGUUUCCGUGGACUUUUCAAAGGCAAUGGUACUAAUUGUGCUCGAAUUGUCCCUAAUUCUGCUGUGAAGUUCUUCAGUUAUGAGCAAGCUUCUAAAGGUAUACUGUACAUGUAUCAGCAGCAAACUGGAAAUGAGGAUGCUCAACUGACUCCUCUUUUACGUCUUGGAGCUGGAGCUUGUGCUGGAAUAAUUGCUAUGUCUGCAACUUAUCCAAUGGACAUGGUUCGAGGCAGGAUUACUGUGCAGACCGAGGCAUCCCCGUAUCAGUAUAGAGGAAUGUUUCAUGCUUUGUCUACUGUGCUUAGGGAGGAAGGUCCCCGUGCUUUAUAUAAGGGCUGGCUUCCUUCAGUUAUUGGAGUUAUUCCUUAUGUAGGUCUCAACUUUGCUGUCUAUGAGUCUCUAAAAGAUUGGUUGAUUAAAUCCAACCCACUUGGUCUAGCUGAUAAUUCUGAGUUGAGUGUGACAACACGUCUGGCUUGUGGUGCUGCUGCUGGAACUGUAGGACAAACUGUUGCUUACCCUCUUGACGUUAUUCGUCGAAGGAUGCAGAUGGUAGGUUGGAACCAUGCUGCUUCUGUUCUGACUGGUGAUGGAAGAGGCAAAGUCCCUCUUGAAUACACUGGAAUGAUCGAUGCAUUCAGGAAAACUGUUCAGCACGAGGGAUUCGGUGCACUAUACAAGGGUCUUGUGCCCAACUCUGUAAAGGUGGUCCCAUCCAUAGCAAUUGCAUUUGUAACAUACGAGAUGGUGAAGGACAUUUUAGGAGUUGAGAUCAGAAUAUCAGACUAA